UUCAGGAUCACUUGUGACUUGACGAAGAGUGUCUGUCUCUCAACAAAAUGGCAGCAUCAACCCCGCUAUCUGAGGCCAACGCCGCAUUCGCUCUGGCUUUGUUCAAAAAGCUGAGUGAGGACGACAAGACUGGAAAUGUCUUCUACUCCCCGUUCAGCAUCUCUUCAGCCCUGGCUAUGGUGAUGUUGGGGGCCAGAGGCAACACAGCCGCACAGAUGUCAGAGGUCCUCCGCUUCACCAAGAAAGAGCAACCGACAGCGCCUGGACUACAGCAGGUGCAGAUGGUGAUGCAGCAGUUCACCCAAAAGCCACAGAUUCCACAGUGCCUGAAACUCUCGAACAGUCAAGAUGAUGUCCACGCUAAGUUUGCCGAACUGCUGAGCGAUCUCAACAAGGCAAACACUCCGUACACCCUCAGUGUGGCCAACAGGCUGUAUGGGGAGCAGUCCUACCAGUUUGUUAAGGAUUUCUUAGCAGAAACCAAAAAGCACUACAGUGCCGAGCUGGAGUCUGUCGACUUCAAAACUAAUGCUGAGGCGGCCAGGGUCAACAUCAACAGCUGGGUGGAGAAGCAGACACAAGAUAAAAUCAAGGACCUGUUGGCUGAGGGUAUUUUGAAUGAGGCGACCAAGCUGGUACUUGUCAAUGCCAUCUACUUCAAAGGCAACUGGGCCAAACAGUUCAAGGAGGAAGAUACUGCAGAUGCUCAGUUCCGAACCAACAAGAAUGACACGAAGCCGGUGAAGAUGAUGACACAGACAAGUAAAUUCCGUUUCAUCAACGACGUUCCUGAGGUCAACUGUAAGAUCCUAGAGAUGCCCUACAAAGGGAACGACCUCAGCAUGCUCAUCCUCCUGCCUAACGAGAUAGAGGAUGACACCACAGGCCUGGAGAAGCUGGAGAAGGCGCUGACCUAUGAGAAAUUUGUGGAAUGGACAGAAAAGUUGGGUGAAGAUGAGGUGGAGGUGAGCCUGCCUCGAUUCAAGAUGGAGGAGAAGUAUGACCUGAACGAUGUCCUGAUCAGCAUGGGCAUGAAGGAUGCUUUUAAUGUUGGAAUGAGUGACUUCUCUGGCAUGUCUCCUGCCAAUGACCUGUUCCUGUCAAAAGUCGUCCACAAGGCCUUCGUGGAGGUCAACGAGGAGGGAACCGAGGCUGCUGCUGCCACUGGUGCCAUCAUAAGCCUCACAUCUAUAAGGUUUACCCCCACCUUCAAAGCGGACCACCCCUUCCUCUUCUUCAUCCGACAUAACGUCACUAAGAGCAUUCUCUUUGCUGGCCGGUUCUGCUCCCCUGAGUAAGCAGAACUGUACGUCCUGAAUGGAUUAUACAGUGGGCCUGAUACCUGAGCAGUAGCCACAAUCUUUUUUUUUUUUUUUGUAGUUUUGGCCAUUCUCCAUCUCACUUUUGCCCAGUUGGCCUGUUUAGUAAUCCAUACUUGCUUAUAGAGCAUCUUGAUUCAACCAGGAGAGGGACAUACCUGUUGUGGCUAUAAUGUUAAAGACCUAUUUCAAGACUGGUAUUUUGUGAGUUAGCCUUUAAAGGUGGUACAAUAUGUAAGAUUUCUGCACACUGUACAAUUUGUUGUGGUACUUCACUCAUUCCAAAUGUUUGCAACAAUGUUCAAAUCCUGAGAAAUCCCUAUUGUCUUCAUUUAUCGGCAGUUACACGAUAUGCAUGCUACAUAUGUACCUGCCUAAAUACAGACUGUUUCCCUUGCUUUAACAAACGGAAUAAAGCAUGGUGUG